GAACCCGGACUCACUCCUGCUGCGAGUGUGGAGCCAGCCGGCAAGCAGCAGCGCUCGUCGGCGACCGCGUCCGUCCGCCAGACCCCGCCACACCACCACAGCCACGCUGGGGAGCCUUUCAUUUCACCUUAAAGUACAGAAAUAAGAGCCAAGUUGCGCCGAGGAGAACCCCGACACUCGGGGCUGAGAGCCACGACGGAGCCACCGACAUGGAUAAAGUUCUCAACUGGCUUUUCGCCGCGAUCACGCUGCUGCUGUCCGUCCGUGGAGAAGUUUUUAAAGGCGACUGUAACUUUGCAAAGCCGCUGGCGGCGUGCGGCUACAGCCAAGGCAGAGACGAUGACCUUGACUGGGAGCAGGCCAACACAAGAGAGAAGUCCUCAUCAGAUCCGUGGAUGCCCUCAGGUUCUGCCUUCAUGAUGGUCAACACAUCCGGACGAUUCGCGGGUCAGAAGGCCUUACUGUUGACCCCCCAGCUGAAGGAGAACGACACCCACUGCGUGAUCUUUCACUACUACAUCGGCGGGCGUGACAACAGCCAUCCGGGCCACCUCAACGUCUACAUCAAAGAGAACAACAGUCCCAUGGGGAUGCCCAUCUGGAACAUCUCAGCUCCAGCCUCCCGCUCCUGGGGGCAGGUGGAGCUCGCUGUCAGCACCUAUUGGCCCAACUUCUACCAGAUUGUGUUUGAAGCCGUAACCUCGGGGCAGCGCGGCUUGCUGGCCAUCAGGGAUGUCGUCGUCCAGGGACACCAGUGCAUGAACACUCCUCAUUUCCUGACCAUAAAAGGAGUGGAGGUCAAUGCUGGACAGACGGCGUCCUUCCACUGCACCGUCAACGGACGGAAGAGGGACAAUUUCCGUCUGUGGCUUCAGGGCAUGGGAGGUCGUGAGGCUCCAAUGAAGGCUACCAAACCUUGGAACAACCGCCGCUUCAUCGGCACGUUCGACGUAGAGAACACGACCAAGGGCGACUCUGGACGCUACCGCUGCAUCGUCCACUCGGACAAAGGCGUGGGAGUGUCCAAUUACGGCGAGCUGACCAUAAAACAACCGCCGGUUCCGAUAGCCCCCCCUCAGCUGACGGCGGUUGGGGCCACGUAUCUUUGGAUUCAGCUGAACGCCAACUCCAUCAACGGCGACGGUCCCAUCAUCGACCGCGAGGUGGAGUAUCGCACUGUGUCGGGGACCAUGUACGACCUGCAGCCCGUCGACAAGACCACGCAUAAGAUUGGCCACCUGGACCCUGACACGGAGUAUGAGAUCAGCGUUCUCCUGACGCGACCUCUAGAGGGCGGCACUGGAGCCCCCGGUCCUCCUCUGCGGGCCAGAACCAGAUGUGCAGAACCGAUGCAUGGGCCGAGGAAGCUGGAGGUUGUGGACAUCCAGUCCAAGCAGGUGACGGUGCGCUGGGAGCCACUGGGCUACAACGUGACGCGCUGCCACAGCUACAACCUGACCGUCCAGUACCGCUACAAGGUGGGCGGCAAAGACGAGACCCGCGAGGAGAUCUGCUACGACACGCAGAGCCGUGACCCGCAACACACCAUCCACAACCUGACGCCCUUUACCAACCUGAGCGUCAAGCUGGUGCUGCGCAACCCAGAGGGGGUGAAGGAGAGCGGAGAGCUGCAGGUCCAGACCGAUGAAGACGUGCCGGGCGCCAUCCCUCUGGAGUCCAUCCAGGGCAGCGCCUACGAGGAGAAGAUCAUCCUGAAGUGGCGGGAGCCGGCCCAGACUUACGGCAUCAUCACCCAGUACGAGAUCUCCUACAAGGCGGUGAGCUCCUUUGACCCCGAGCUGGACCUCUCCAACCAGAGCGGUAAGGUGGUGAAGCUGGGCAACGAGACCACCCACGUCUUCACGGGACUCUACCCGGGCUCCACUUACUCCUUCACGCUACGAGCCAGCACGGCCAAAGGCUACGGCCCGCCGGUCAUCACCCAGUUCACCACCAAGAUCUCAGCGCCGUCCAUGCCAGCGUACGACCAGGAGACGUCUCUGAACCAGACCGACACCACCGUCACCGUGCUGCUGAAGCCCGCCCAGAGCCGAGGGGCCCCCGUCAGUGCCUACCAGGUGGUGGUGGAGGAGGAGCGUCCACGUCGGGCUCGUGGCACCGCUGAGAUCCUGCGCUGCUACCCAGUUCCCAUCCACUUCCAGAACGCCACGCUGCUGAACUCGCAGUACUACUUCACCGCUCAGUUCCCGGCCGCCGGCAUCCACUCGGCUCAACCCUUCACCGUCGGCGACAACAAGACCUACAACGGCUACUGGAACGCCCCACUGCUGCCCCAGAAGAGCUACAGCAUCUACUACCAGGCCGUCAGCACCGCCAAUGGGGAGACCAAGAUCGACUGUGUUCGAGUCGCCACCAAAGCCGCCAUUCUGGUGACUCAGCUCACGACGCCGUACCUCCGCAUCGCCCCGGCGGCCGGAGACAACCAGCUAACAGGAUCAGCGACCCACAAGCCGAACGCGGUGGAGCCGGAGAAGCAGACGGACCACACGGUGAAGAUCGCCGGAGUCAUCGCCGGCAUCCUCCUCUUCGUCAUCAUCUUCCUCGGCGUCGUGCUGCUGAUGAAAAAACGAAGAACCUAUCACUCCUACACUUACUACCUGAAGCUGGCCAAGAAGCGCAAGGAGACGCUCAACAGCACGCGGCAGGAGAUGACGGUGAUGGUCAACUCCAUGGACAAGAGCUACACGGAGCAGGGCACCAACUGUGACGAGGCGCUGUCUUUCAUGGACACGCACAACCACACGCUCAACACGCGCAGCGAGUGCGCUCUGACGCUCAACAACCGCAGCGAGUGCGCGCUCACGCUCAACAACCGCAGCGAGUGCGCACUCACGCUCAACAACCGCAGCGAGUGCGCGCUCACGCUCAACGGUCGAGCUGGAUCUUCUCCUUCGUCCUUCUCACUGCCCAAAGCCAACACGCUCACCUCGUCCAUCCCAGCUAACUCCUACUACCCAGAUCCCUUUGUGCCCACUGCCAUCUUAGUGCCCAUUAAUGACGAGAGUCAGAACAUGGGCAGCGACACCAGCAGCCUGGUGCAGACGCACUCGCUGCGGAAACGCGAGCCGGUGGACGUGCCGCCGUACCAGACCGGGCAGCUGCACCCGGCCAUCCGGGUGGCCGACCUGCUGCAGCACAUCACGCAGAUGAAGUGCGCCGAGGGCUACGGCUUCAAGGAGGAGUACGAGAGCUUCUUCGAGGGACAGUCGGCUCCGUGGGACUCGGCCAAGAAGGACGAGAACCGCAUGAAGAAUCGCUACGGAAACAUCAUCGCCUAUGAUCACUCCCGUGUCAGGCUGCAGGCCCUGGAGGGGGAACAGAGCUCCGAUUACAUUAAUGCAAAUUACGUUGAUGGUUACCACCGGCCGAAUCACUACAUCGCCACUCAAGGUCCCAUGCAGGAGACGGUCUUCGACUUCUGGCGGAUGGUGUGGCAGGAAAACACGGCGGCCAUCGUCAUGGUGACCAACCUGGUGGAGGUGGGGCGGGUGAAGUGCUGCAAGUACUGGCCCGACGACACUGAGAUCUACCGGGACAUCAAGGUGACGCUGAUCGAGACGGAGCUGCUGUCCGAGUACGUCAUCAGGACCUUCGCGGUGGAGAAGAGAGGGGCUCAUGAGAUCCGGGAGAUCCGACAGUUCCACUUCACGGGCUGGCCGGACCACGGCGUCCCCUACCACUCCACCGGCCUGCUGGGAUUCAUCAGGAGAGUCAAGUCCAAGACGCUGAGCAACGCCGGGCCCAUGGUGGUCCACUGCAGCGCCGGCGCCGGACGCACCGGCUGCUUCAUCGUCAUCGACAUCAUGCUGGACAUGGCGGAGCGAGAGGGAGUGGUGGACAUCUACAACUGCGUGCGGGAGCUGCGGUCCCGCCGGGUCAACAUGGUCCAGACCGAGGAGCAGUACGUCUUCAUCCACGACGCCAUUCUGGAGGCCUGUCUGUGCGGCGACACCACCAUCCCCGCCAGCCAGUUCCGCUCCGUCUACUAUGACAUGAACCGGCCCGACCCGCAGACCAACUCCAGCCCCAUCAAGGAGGAGUUCCGGACCCUCAACAUGGUGACCCCAACGCUGCGGGUGGAAGACUGCAGCAUCGCUCUGCUGCCCCGGAACCACGAGAAGAACCGCUGCAUGGACGUCCUGCCUCCUGACCGCUGCCUGCCCUUCCUCAUCACCAUCGACGGCGAGAGCUCCAACUACAUCAACGCGGCGCUGAUGGACAGCUACAAGCAACCGUCCGCCUUCAUCGUCACCCAGCACCCGCUGCCCAACACGGUCAAGGACUUCUGGAGGUUGGUGCUGGACUACCAUGUCACCUCCAUCGUCAUGCUCAACGACGUGGACCCGGCUCAGCUGUGUCCGCAGUACUGGCCUGAGAACGGCGUCCACCGACACGGACCCAUCCAGGUGGAGUUUGUGUCGGCAGACCUGGAGGAAGACAUCAUCAGCAGAAUAUUCCGGAUCUACAACGCAGCGCGGCCUCAGGACGGCUACCGCAUGGUGCAGCAGUUCCAGUUCCUGGGCUGGCCCAUGUACCGGGACACGCCCAUGUCCAAGCGCUCCUUCCUCAAGCUGAUCCGCCAGGUGGACAAGUGGCAGGACGAGUACGACGGAGGAGAGGGACGCACCGUGGUCCACUGCCUGAACGGAGGCGGGCGCAGCGGGACCUUCUGCGCCAUCAGCAUCGUGUGUGAGAUGCUGCAGCACCAGCGCUCGGUCGACGUCUUCCACGCCGUCAAGACGCUGAGGAACAACAAACCCAACAUGGUGGACCUACUGGACCAGUACAAGUUCUGCUACGAGGUGGCGCUGGAGUACUUGAACUCCGGCUAAGCCUGGCAGCGACUGCAACACAGACUGAAACUGUAUGGACAGAAAACAGACUGACCUUUGUGACAGGCGGACCGCGGCGCCGGACCCUUGCGCCCCUGAACCACUUCUCCUUCUUUCCUCUGCUGGUUCGGGUCAGGAGGCCGCCGAGGUUGUGUUUUACCGCCAGCACAGAGACUCGUCGCCUUAGUUCUGGAUCUUUUCUUCUUCGUGUCGGCCGCUCGUUGUCUUGUGGUUGUCGCUUUGGGCCACAAGUUUCCCGUGGAAUGCACUGUAAAUACGAAAAUGUAUGGAUCUCAUUUCUCCUGAUUUUGGCUCAUGGUUGGACGUCGUGGAGCGAGGCGUCUCUGACUGCUGGUGUGGCACCGCGACGUGACUGAAGACGACCUCUGCGUCCCCGAAUCCCAAAGCUUCAUUUGCACUUCCAUCGGAUUCUGUUUCGUUUGUGCAUAUUGUACAGAUCUGCGUAGAAUAUUUAUUCAUGGUGUCGACUUUUUGUGACUUGCAAUAAGUGACAAUCAUUUGUUGUAUAGUUUUUGUUUGUUUUUGAGCAUCAUGUAUGACGAGUUCGUUUCAAUGUAAAAAGAAAAAAAGUUCUAUAAAUGUACCUACAAUCUACGACUCCAGACCGUCUGUGCUUUCAGGGUUUAAGAUGGAGGUUUGGCGACAUCUGCUGGUGACACCAGGUACUACACAAACACAACAUGCCUAAAUAAUCG